AUGACUGUAACGGACCAUUCGAAACGUCGAGUUUCCUAUUACUAUGAUCGUAAGUCUUUGGUUUUAAUAAUUUUAUCUUUUAUUCAGUUUUAAUUUUUGUGUUUUAGCUAACAUUGGAAAUUAUUAUUAUGGCCAAGGUCACGUGAUGAAGCCUCAUCGUAUCCGGAUGUGUCAUCACCUUCUUCUAAAUUACGGUCUCUACCGUCAUCUUGAGGUUUAUCGUCCGUUUCCAGCCAGUUUCGAGGAGAUGACCCGCUUCCAUACUAACGAUUAUAUGCAAUUCCUACAGUCCGCUAACCCUGAUAAUUUGAGGGCAUUCAGCAAGCAGAUGCUCAAGUGUAAGAUAUCCUUUUAUAUCGUUUUAUUUUUGUUUCAGUCAAUGUUGGAGAAGAUUGUCCCGUUUUCGAUGGAUUGUAUGAAUUCUGCCAACUCUCCAGUGGAGGAUCACUAGGUAAGAGACGUUCCUUUCCUCACCUACGAAUUAAUAUUUAAACUGUUUAUAAGGCUUCUUUAUUUUUUAGCUGCUGCGGUAAAAUUGAACAAACAAAAGGCUGAUAUUGCUGUAAACUGGAUGGGUGGAUUACAUCACGCCAAGAAGGCUGAGGCUUCUGGAUUCUGCUACACAAACGAUAUUGUUUUGGGUAUUUUGGAACUGCUGAAAUAUCAUCAAAGAGUGUUGUAUGUGGACAUUGAUGUUCAUCACGGAGAUGGAGUCGAAGAAGCUUUUUAUACCACUGAUCGUGUUAUGACCGUCUCCUUCCAUAAGUAUGGAGACUUCUUCCCGGGAACUGGAGAUAUCCAUGUACGUUUAUAUUUUUAUAGCAAUAUUUUUUGUUUAGGACAUCGGAGCUGGCAAGGGACGUAACUACUCUGUGAAUGUGCCGUUGCGCGAUGGAAUCAGCGACAAUAACUACCAAAGCAUCUUCAAGCCAGUGAUGACCAAGGUUAUGGAGACCUUCAAUCCAAACGCCGUAGUCCUCCAAUGUGGAGCUGACUCUUUAAACGGCGAUCGAUUGGGACCAUUCAAUCUGACCUUGAAGGGCCAUGGGGAAUGUGUUAAGUUCUUCAGGGAUUACAAUGUUCCUUUGAUGCUGUUAGGUGGAGGUGGAUAUACUCCAAGAAAUGUAGCUAGAUGUUGGACGUACGAGACUUCGAUUGCUGUGGAUAUGCAAAUCAAUGAUGGCAAGUGAACGGCUCACAUUGUUUUUAUUAUUAAUAUUUCUGUUUCAGAAUUACCCUAUAAUGAUUAUUUCGAAUACUUCGGACCUAACUACCGCCUUCAUAUUGAGCCAUCGCAGGCAGCCGAUGAGAAUGAUCAAGUUUACCUUCAGAAAAUCCAGGAGGCCGUCUGUGAGAAUCUGAGAAAAUUGCAGGGACCUUCGAGUGUCCAAAUGCAUGGUGAGAAUAGUAUAAGAUACGAUUGUUUGUCCUUUAGUUUAAAUGAUUUAUCUUUUUUUAUUCUAGCGGUGGAAAAAGACAUAAUGGAGAUUGAUGAGACCAGGCUGAUCGACGCCGCCAAUCCAGACGAACGUCUCCCUGAUCCGAUUGUAGACAAGAUGGUGGAAGAUGCCGGAGAGUUGUAUGAUAACGAAAAGGAAGGAGGUGAUCUGAGAAACGAACAAUCUCACAAAAGGCCACAUGAAGAAGGAGAUUCCCCUGUCUCCAAGAAACCGCGAGACGAAGGGGGCGAGCCUCCGGCCGAGCCAGCUGAGCCCACGGAAAGCUAA